UCAGUCUGGCACUUGUGGGGACCACCGUUGUCAUAGUUCUGCCGCUGAUGGAUUCCCCAAGCUCUUCGAUUGAAACAACGCCCUCGACUAUGGUAAUUGGACUUUCUACUGCGGUUACUACUUCAGUUACUACUGCAGUUACUACCGCAGUUACUACGGCAGUUACUACUGCAGUUACUGCAGCCGUGGAGAUUGCCGGAACUAGAGUUCGAACUCAGUCUGGCACAUUGUCAACUGAAGUCGAUGCAUCAGCGAGUGAGAAUCAUUAUGAUCACGGAGAAGAUGAACAGUGGAGCGAACACCGUCCAGAUUCACCAGCUGCUGUCUCUUCCUACGUGUCUUCGAUUCCAGAAAACGACAAAUUGAGUGAAGAUCUAACGAUGGCCGAGAGUUCCCCGCAUCAUCAUCAACAUCAUCAACACCAUCAUCAACAUCAUCAUCAUCAUCACAGCCCACUGAGCCCAGUUCGUACUACCGGUAGCCUUCCGUCUCUCUCACACCCAUGUACACAUGCUGGGAUUACGGCUAGCUGCAACAAGAAGAUCAGGGCGAUGAAGGAGGGACAGCAUAACGAUAAUCAGCCAUGCAACAAUGGAUCCCGUCAUCUUCAGCUUCCUCAGCAUCAUAACCACCGGAACGAUUUUCACCCACGCGAGCGGCAACAAGCACAUCACGGCGAUGAAGGACGGACAGCUGCAAGGUGGAGCAUGGCCUCAAGUCAGCACCUUAGUCACCCUCAGCAGCAGCAGCAGCAGCAGCAGCAGCAGCAGCGGUAUCGCUGUACAGGAGCUAGUAGUGGAGCGGCCAUGGCACCACGUAGUCUUUUCCCGGCGGACAUGCCGACUUCUCACUCCCGGUACCUUCACUUCGAUGCCGGCGAUGGCGGACAUGACAGUCGCCACCGUCAUUACCACCCUUCUUCUUCGUCUCCUCCUCCUCCUCCUCCUCUCCCUGCUACUGCCUCUUCUCUUUCUCCUGCUCAUGUCCAUCCCGGGCAUCCCCUGCAUCAGCGUCAGCAGGAACAACACCCUUCUCAGGCAGUUUGCGAAGGUUCGAGGCCGCUGCGAGCAGCACCAUCGGGAGUGGCUGUCUGUCAACAAGAAAUUGGUGAGUUUGGUCGGUAUAAUAAUGGUGGUCAUGCGCACCUGUUCGUCUCAGAUCAACGCAGAGGAGGGGGUGGAGGAUUGAGAGAGAAAGGAGGAGGGAGUUGCAGCGGAGCUUGCCACCUGUCCAUCGAGAAGCAAUCCGACGUUCAGCAAACAGCACUGCUCGGACACCUGGCACCAGGAUCCAGGGGCAGCGGGUCAAGCAGAGCAGGUGGAGGGCGACGAGGAGGAGGAGGAGGAGGAGGAGGAGGAGGAGAAAAUGGAAUUUCAAGCCAAACUUGUAAUCGAACGGGCCACGUGGCAAGCGAUGACGAGAAGAUCUUUCAUCACGACAACCUGCUUAGGCAUGUUUCAUUACGAUCCAAGGGCGGCAGCCGAAGUGGAGGAGGAGGAGGAGGAGGAGGAGGAGGAGGAGGAGAAGAAGACGAUCUGAUAGACCUUGAAGAAGACCGCAAAGCUGCUGGUUCUGCCGGAGGUUCUGAAGAAGAGAGAGAGGUCAUGGCGAUGGUGGACGAAGGUGGUAGUGGUAACGGUGAUGCUCGAGGCGUCUAUGACGGCAGAGAAGGAGGAGUAGGAGGAGUAGGCGUAGGAGGAGGAGGAGGAGGAGGAGGAGGAGGAGGAGGAGGAAGAGCAGGACAGAUCAGGGUAGCGGCCCAUCAAGUAAUGCCACAUCAACCAUUACUCGAUAGCAAAUCGCUGUCCGCAUUGAGAACUCAUAGCGAGGCGGAAAGAAAGAGGAGGGAGAGAAUCAAUGGUCAUCUCUCCACACUCCGACAACUGUUACCAAAUUCCACCAAGACAGACAAGGCUUCACUUCUUGGUGACGUCAUAAACUAUUUGAAGGAUCUUAAACGUCAGGUCUCAGUUGUGGCAUCACCAUCGACGAAUCAGACAGCAACAGUGUCAUCAUCAAUCUGCCAUCGACGCAGCUUGCCUGCCACAGAUGUGGAGGACAAUAUCCAUGUGACCACGAUCACUCUCAGUCCAAUGGAGCAUCGCUCGGCUAUUCUCAGAGCAACAAUUUGCUGCGAAGAUUGUCCGGAUCUGCUUCCCAACAUUCUCAAGACAUUUCAGGACCUGAGGCUGAAGAUAAUCAAAGCAGAAAUAGUCGCCAUAGAUGGAGGUAGGUUGAGGAUAGACCUCUUCCUGACGGAAACGACCGAUGACUCCUGCAGCGCUGCUACGAAGGUGACGGUGGCCGAUUCCAUGUCCACAUUUCUUGUUGACUCCAACUCGAACCUCCUGUACCAUGGUGACUCUCCAAGAGGAAGUGUAGGCAUCAGCUCAUGCUGCCAUCUCCAACAGCACGAGGAGGGAGACGGUGCAAGCCGGACGCCAAAGGUACUGAGUUCUCGCAACCCUCAGCCAAGGAUUGCCCUUUUCUGCCCGCGAAGGAUCAAAGAAGCCCUACAAGCUGUUAUUAAGGCGUCCGAAGGGCGAGGAAUGACAAAUCAGUGCAACAUCACAUGCGCUAAGCGACAGAGGCUCUGCAGUAGCUGCGGUACAGGCAACAUUGCAGCGAUGUCCACCCCAUCUGUUACAUAGGGUCGUCGUCGGGGUUCGGCAAUCUAGCGAUAAGGAGCCUCGCUCUCUACAUGCAUUUGGACACCUUCGGACCUCCAGGUGCAUUGGGACGAGAUCGACAUUUUGAAUAUAUCAGGUCGAGAAAGCAUCCAAAUGCAUGUAGAGUGUUGUGUAGUGGAGGGAGGCUCAAGGAAUUCACCUUUUUUCAAGUUUUUUGAAGUUUUCUUCAGAAAAAAAACGAACAAUUCUCAUGGUUGGUCAUAGCAUUGUUGUGGCCGUCCACUCUGCACCCCCUUUUCCCCCACCUUCCCUUCAUUCGCUACUCCCUGGACUCCCUCUCUUUUUUUUUUCUUUUUUUCUUUUUUCCUCCCCUGACUGCCUUCAUACAUGGCCAUGCACAAUGAUUCUUCCUUCGCUUACCCCUCUGCCCGACACCCCCUCUCCCAUGCUUCUCACACCCCUCCCCCGCUUGUCCUCAAACCAUGCUCCAGCUAAGUAGUUGGCCAUGUUGAGGACCGCUGUUGCAAAUACAUAACCAGCUAUGGGUCGAGUCUCACGGGGUUAUCGGUCGGGUCUCACUGGCUUAUGGGUCGGGCCACACUGGGUUAUGGGUCGGCUCUGGGUUAUGGGUCGGGUCUGGGUUAUUGGUCGGGUCCGACCCUCACUGGGUUUAUAAAAUCUAAGGUUCAGUUACUGUAGGGCCAAUGUGGACCGAACUCUUCCCAGAGUAAUUCUUUUUUUUGUUUUUCUUUUUUUUCUUUUUUUUUGACAGAGGGCCACACCCCACAGGAAGAGUACCUAGGAAAGAUCUACCUAAGGACAAGAUCCGCUGGGUCGUUCAUUUCAGUCGAUUCCCAGUUUUUUUUUUGUUUUUUUUUUUAGUUCCCACUUCAACACCUGCAAUGGAAAAGCUUGGGUUGCGUGGACUUCCUAGUCCAAUGAUGCGGGCAAAGGACUUGGAUGUUCGCCGGACUAGGCACCAGUUGCAAACACAGACCUUAAUGAAUCUGGGACGCUGGA